AUGAACGAAUCCAGUCAACCAUCUUUGAAACUAUGGUACUCCCCCGGAGCGUGCUCACUCGCAGCCCACGUUCUCCUCCUCGAGACAGGCCUAAAUUUCGACCUAGAGCUUUCUCAAGUCGGCCAAUUUACAGAUGAAUUCAUAAAACUUAAUCCUAAGGGACGCGUGCCCGUCCUGUCCCUUGACGGCGAAGUCAUUACCGAGAUACCCGCAAUCCUCACCGCGAUUUCAUGCUUAGUUCCCGAGAAGCACCUUCUGGGAGAAACCACAUUGGAAACUGCUCGAGUGUACGAAUGGUUGAAUUACCUCUCUGGAACGCUACACGGCCAGGGCUUUGGUGCAUUGUGGAGACCAGAGAGGUUCCUUGAUGAUGAGAGUUUGUUUCCGAAACUGCAAGAGCACGCGGUGUGGACAAUUCGACAGUGCUAUGGCUUUAUAGAGGAUAAGAUAGCCUCAAGUCAAUGCUAUUAUGCAGUGGGAGGGUCGUUCACUAUUGUGGAUCCUUUUCUAUUUGUUCUUUAUCGCUGGGGAUAUCGGGUUGAAAUCGAAAUGCGAUCUGAGUAUCCGCACUUCGCUACCUGGGCGGCUAGGAUUUCUAUCAAAAAUUCUGUAAUUAGAGCAUGGGAGACACAUGUUGGUAUCUAA